GAGUGAAUCAGUCAGCCGCUGGAUAUUGUCCGAGUAGCGUCGAGUGAGCGUCCGAGUGCCGCUCCACUCUCGCGUGCACGCUUGGUGCACUUGCAUGCUGAACGUGCUCGCGCGUGAUGCGCGCGACGGUAAUAUCGGUCCAUCGAUCGUAAUCGUAACGAUUCAUAUUCGAGGGAAACACAUGCCCACAUUUUGGAAAUUCAUCGUCCUGACGACGAACACGCCCGCCCCGCGCCGGGAGAAUUCGCGUUUGAGAGACUCGCUCCACGUGGUCGAUUAAUUUAACGUGGAUUCGGAAAAUUACUUGCCGAGAUAUUAAAUCGUAGCGAAUUGAUCGCGUUCGGGAUGUUACCACGCGACGUACUGACUAUCGCGAUGAUGACGACAGGUCUCGUCGUCGCUGUCACCAGCGGUGCACCUACUAAUUCGGAUGCAGAGGAUUACGAGAUGCUCGCUGACAAAGACGCGCAAUUUACCGACAAAGAUUCCUCUAAUGCAGGAGAAGUAAGAUGCUAUUGCAAUCAACCAGAAUGCGUUCCUCAGGGAUACAUGUGUCGCGGUACAAGUUGCUUUACAAAAUUACCAUCGAACGCAAAUGCGUCAUUUUCGAGAGCGGAGCAUACUGCUCACAGCGGUUGUCUCGAUGAAAAUUUAAUAAAUCGUCAGUGCCCCGCAGGAUUUCUCUGCUGCGAUCAAGAUCUCUGCAAUCACGUGGACAGCCCCGCGAUGAGAAACAGACUCAACAAGACUCUACGAGUAUUGAUCGAUGAUCAACGACCGUACUUGGCUCGAUUGCAUCCAAACAGUCGCGGAAAUCAGCCGAUUGACGGAUGGUUCCCAACGGCGACGAUUGUCGUGGCUAUCUGUGGAUUCAUCGUCCUGCUAAUGAUCGCCAGCCUAGCUGUCAGAUGGCUCCAGCCUAUGCCGGCACAAAACGCAAAUAAAUUCGUGCCACAUCGAACAUCUAAUAACGGGCCACCCUUACUUGGACCACCGAAAGUGCCUCUGGUUUAAGAAAUUUCAUGACAAAAUUUCCCAAUAAGAGGUGUUCUAAGUAAUAGUUUAAUUAAUAGAGCUGGCUGCGCUAGUUUUGAUACAUGACUUGCAAAACCGGAGUUGUGCCAUACACAUACAUUUGUGUAGCAAAGUAUUUGUAUAUCGAGUACUUGUACGUUAAUAUUAAUUGAGGAUAAUUAAGUAUCUAUCUAUAUAGACCGGAUAAGAUUUCUUUACGACACG